UAUUUCUAGUUGGCAGUAAUUUACUAGUAUCUGUAGUCAAGCCGGAACGAAAUCGAGAAAACAGUAGGCGUACAUUGGCGUACAUAUGCAAGAUUAGAACAAGAAACACCUGAAAGCGAAACGCGUAUGAGAUAUCGUCCUAUGUAUCAAUAGUCGCGCCACACCGUGUUACAUUUAUUCCCUCUUUUAUCCCCGCUUUUGCUCGUUGCGGCUUUUUUUUUUUUGUAUCUCUACCGCUUUCCGUUGUAAUUGAAAACGGAUCAUCCGAUUGAUUUCCGUAUUUUCGCACGCGAUAAGAAGAGAGGAGUCCCUUUGCUUACGCUCUUUUAUCUCUCAAGAGUCACUCUUUCCAUGUCAACGACACGCGCGCUCCUGCCAAGAGUGCCAAGACCAGCAUCGAGUUACGCCCCUCGCAUCGCUUGUUACCGCGUCGCUCUUAAAAAAAAUUGUGCACGUUGUAUUCGCGCCAUUGGCAGAGAUUUCGACAAGGGCCACCGACGGCAUCGAACAUCGGGAAUCGCAGCGGCGAAGGAGGAGGGCGUCGUGCGAUCGUGUCGGCGUCGCUCCUGGUAGCCUGAGAUGAGCGACCAUGGCUGCAUACAUUUGAAUAAUUUUAAAGCGGCCAAAGGCAUCCAGCCAUACAAAGUGAUCCAUUCAUAUUUCGUGACCAGUACAUCGACCGAGGCACGCGUUAGGAAGGCUGUGAGCUGUUUAUGUCACACAUGUAAAACUUAUAAAGAUCGACUACAUUCUUGUCUUCAUUGUAUAUUUUUUGGCUGCUAUGCAAAAGGUCACAUACAAGAACAUGCAAAAACUAAGAAACAUUUUCUAGCUGUUGAUUUAUGUUACGGGAAUAUUUUGUGCUUCCAAUGCGGCGACUAUGUAUACGACAGAGAAUUAUUAGCAGUAGCAAGAGCCCAAUGGAGCGAAUCAGCAAAAUCCUUGAGUUUUGGAGAGUUUUAUCGUGCGUGGGAGCCUACACAAAUAGAGGCAGAAUUGUUGAGAAAACAUCCACGCCGAAGGCGCGUCGUAGAAAAUUCCACUAUAGGUUUAAGGGGAUUGAUUAAUCUCGGGAAUACCUGCUUUGUAAAUUGUAUUGUACAAGCACUGAUUCAUACUCCGUUAUUACGAGACUAUUUCCUUGCUGACCGUCAUCACUGCCCGCAACCAAAUCGCUGUCUGGUCUGUGAGGUAUCUCAUUUAUUUCAAGAGUUUUAUUCUGGCAACAAGGCUCCGCUGACACUUCACAAACUUCUCCACUUAAUUUGGACACACGUCAGGCAUCUAGCAGGUUAUGAGCAGCAAGAUGCCCAUGAAUUUUUUAUUGCUACACUGGAUGUCCUCCAUAGACAUUGUGAAGCCGCUCCAAUAUUGGUCAAAGAUAACCCUCAUCAUUGCAAAUGUAUCAUCGAUCAGAUAUUUACUGGGUGCCUUCAAAGCGAUGUUGUUUGUCAAGCUUGCAAUGGAGUGUCUACCACAAUAGAUCCAUUUUGGGACAUAUCUUUGGAUCUAACUCCGGCGACUGGUGCUUCUGGUUCUGAUACACACGGCCCACCUACUUCUUUACUGGAUUGUUUAGAAAGAUUCACCAGAGCUGAGCAUUUAGGUUCUACUGCAAAGAUCAAGUGUAGCAAUUGUGAGACUUAUCAAGAAAGCACAAAACAAUUAACAAUGAAACAAUUGCCGAUUGUGGCAAUCUUUCAUUUAAAGCGUUUUGAACACUUUAUAAUUCAGGAUAAGAUCUUUAAGAAAAAGAUCUCCACAUUUAUUUCAUUCCCGGAACAAUUAGAUAUGACGCCAUUCAUGUCACAUAAGCGCAAUGGUAAUAACAAUAGCGCUAUGCUAGAUGGCUUAUCAAAGAAUAGAGAAGAUAUGAGCUUCAGUGACAAUAGGUACUCUCUGUUUGCUGUAAUAAAUCAUGAGGGUUCUUUAGAAACUGGACAUUAUACUGCUUUCAUUAGGCAACAGAGAGAUCAGUGGUUUAAAUGCAAUGAUCAUUUGAUCACACGAGCCAGAUUGAAGGAUGUUUUAACCAGCGAAGGGUAUCUCUUGUUUUAUCACAAGCAGAUUUUGGAGUAUGGCCGAAAUAAUAAAGUCUGAGAGAAAAAA